ACAUUCAGUUCUUCGACAGACGUACGAGAGUUCGCAACGAUUUUCCCAACUUACCGAGCCGCUACAACGCCGUUACGAGCGAACGUGCAAAUAUCACUGUCUACUAUUGGUGCGAAAGGGAUGAAUAGAGACAGUUAUUUUUGAAUUUUAGGAAGAAUGAGCACUAUGAAAUAUGUAGAUUUUUUCAAAGUAAAAGCUGCAGCGGAAUACAACCAGUGAAUUAGCACAAGUUAAUGCGGAACCAUAAAUACCGAAAUUUUGACGGCAUAUUGCUAAUAAAAUAAUUUGUAUUGCUGCCGUCACCAUCACCAUCACCAGCCGCCAUAACAUCAGCAACAACAUCAGCAUCAUCGUCAGCGCAUCAUCAGCGCCCCACUCCCCGCAUAAUCGUUAUAUAUUGAAAAUUUUAUAUUCCACAACGAUUUCCCCCCUAAAUGCAUCAUUUGUAUCCAUCGUUAAAAGGUGACCAAUUAUGUCCGCUGGGGUUCCAUCCCCAGACCCGCUAUCCGACACGCUGCAAACGUUGCUUUCGUGACUACAAAGAGCAUGGCGGACGGCGGGGUAUUGAAGAUGUGGCCGUCUCAUCGCCUAACUUAACAGAGGGCAGCAAUUCCAGACCAUCAUCGCGCACGUGGACCUCUACACAGAAUCUGUCGAGUUUUAAUGGCACGGGGAGUAGUAAUGAUAUCGUUGUUCACUUUAAUGUAGAACUUAAGCGGCGUCCACAAUCAUGGGCCUCCACACCGGACAUCGACGAAGCGGACGAACAGACGACAAAGGUCAACUCGCGUCCCAGUGGUCGUACGCAGGAAAACGAUGUGGACGUGACAUUGAAGCUACCGGUACCUCCACGGCGGCAUACAACGGCGCUGGAUAUAAAGGAGGUAGAGGAUUCCACAUCAAAGACAGCAUCCUCAUCUUCCACAUCAUCACCUUCGCGUUCUAGUAUUCCGGAGGAUCUAAUUAUCCUUUCCACUGACAGCCUCGCCGAACGGGUACGUAAAAUGAAUUUGUUGAAGAAGCAGCGCCAAAACUCCCGAGAAUCCAGUCGAGAACGUUCCAUACCCAAGAAGAGCGAUGAUAGUGAUAACAAUUCAUCCAGCGAUACUGAGAGUAAAGCGCCACCUGAUCGACCAGAGCGCAGCAAAUCCACCACAUCCAUGGCAGAAGCUGCCGCCAAACGCAAUUCGCUGCCCCCGAAGAAGGCUACAACCUCCAGCACAGCAUCCGCAACUUCCUCCACUUCAACAACAACUUCCACGACAAGCGCCGGUAUCACACCGAAAGCAGUGAGUACAGCGUCGUCGACAACAAAUGGCGCGCGUACAAAUUCUACAAGUUCAACAGCUAAGUCGUCUACAAGCACUUCCACAACGACCGCAUCAAGGCAACAAAAGGAAGAAGCAAGACGGUUGAAAUCUGCCGAAGAUGUGGAAUUCAUGCUGAAAAUUAAAGAUACCAAGUAUGCGCAUAAAAGACAAACGCACGAUAAUAGUUCCCUUACGACGGAAACGACAGAAACCACUUUGGUGGGUCCGAACGAUAGAGAGCUGCAUGAUGAGCUGAAACGGUUGCGCACCGACUACGAAGCGAUGAAAUUACGUGCUGAGCGCGCCGAACGCGAAAAAAGUGAUAUUUUGUUGCGUCGGCUCGCCUCAAUGGACACCGCAUCGAAUCGGACCGCAGCCUCCGAGGCUUUAGCGUUGCAGCAAAAGGUAAACGAGAUGAAAGACCAACUGGAAAAAGUUAACGAGGAGAAACGUAAGCUAAAUAUACGCAUGAAAGAGAUCGAAAACAAUCCGAAAGGUGGCGAGUAUGAGUUAAAACGUAAACUACAGGCAGCCGAGCAGCUGUGCGAAGAGCUGAUGGAGGAGAAUCAGGAUGCAAAGAAGGAGAUUAUCAAUUUGCAGGCCGAAAUGGAUGAGUUGCAAGACACCUAUCGCGAUGAUGAGGUGAAAGCGAAAACAAAUCUGCAAAAGGAGCUGGAAAAGAUGACAAAAAAUUGCCGAAUACUCAAUUUCAAACUUAAGAAAUACGAACGUAAGGUUGAAAUAAUGGAACAGGAGAAACAAAACAACUACAAUACAGAUUUAUUGACCAAGGUCAAUAAGCUGGAGGAAGAGCUGCGUUUUGCAAACGAACUAACACGUAAAUUACAAGUUGAAGCUGACGAGCUACGCAAUCCGGGCAAAAGAAAGACGCCUAUGUUAGGCAUUAUUGGCAAGUCUACAUCGGCGGACGCAAAUCCACAGCCACCACUACAAUUAAUGCGCGACUUACAAGACUCUGUGGAACGUGAAUCGGAUUUGAAGGACCAGCUGAAAUUUGCCGAGGAAGAGCGUCAAAAGUUGCUUGUGAAAUUGAAUGCGAACGUUGGCAUAAACGUUGGUACUCAAACCUUGGAACUUCCCGAAAUUUUAUGUUUUCCGCGUGGCACACAAACGCGUCGACUGGCUUAUGCGGAUGCUAGCGUUGAAACACAACCACUGCUUACUAACGAUGCGGCCACAGCAGUGCUCGUGGAGACAUGUGACAGCUUUACACAAAUGGCCGAAAUGAAAAGCGCCGAAGUCGACACACAAACACAAACCACUGGAACACAAGAAGUUUCCACAGAAACUGUUAAUAAUAUUUGCGAUGCUUCCACUGGAACCGAUUGUAUUGAAGUAUUUCACGUCAGCACUGAGACUGAGAGUAGAAAACUUUCGAUUGACGCUCAAAUUGCUGCAGAAAACCAGAAAUCUUUUUGUGACCGUGAAUGUUCACCAUUUGCAAUGGUGUUUGCCGCAGUGGCGCCUAGGGCAACAUCUGCGCUACUCUUUCCUACUGCAAUGUCGCAAGCGCUCAUGUCGGGCGCUAGUGCAGCUACACGUAAGCUGAGCCCGAUACCACAUCGUCUGAUGCCUGAAUCGGCGGCUGAACGUGACGAAGGUAUAUCCGAUGAGGACGAUCCCGCCGAGUUACGCAUACUUUUGGAACUGAACGAGCAAGAGGCGUCGAUACUGCGUCAGCGUGUUGACGAUUUGGAGAAAGAAAAUCGUGAAACUAAAAAGCAUGUCAGAGAGCUGCAGGAGAAAGUCCAUCAAGCUGAGACGGGAGACAAGAAGUCUUCUUUGCUCUCGUUCAACUCGACACCAACAAAUGCCGCAGAUAAGAAACUUAAAGCACUCACUGAGGAGCUAAUGCAGUUACGUAAAUCACUAUCCGAUAAGGAUCGUACAAUCGAACGCUUGCAGUCAGAGAUUGCGGUUAAAACGGGCUCGGCGCUGCCACAAGAUGUCAAUAUAGAUGCGAAGCGUCAACUGAAAUUGGUCGAACAAGAGGCGUCUGUGUUGCGCACGAAAAUCUCGACAUUGGAAAGUGAAAAUGAGAAGUUGCUGAAAGAUAAUAAACGCAUGCAAUUGCAGGCGCUACGCAAGAGUACGUCAUUGGAUAAAAAUGGCGCGAAUGGGGAGGAACUUACAAAAUUAAAGGAAUCGCUUGAAAAGAUGGAGCGUGAACGUAAUGAGUUAGAUGGCAAAUUGAAAGUUAUAUUACAGGAAGCUGAAGAGAAACUGCCCAUUCGAACGCCCAAACGUGUAACAGAUUUAACGCCAAAGAAUCACUUGAAGAAAUGGAUCGAAGAGUUGGAGGAUGAGAUACGGGAAAUGCGUGUGAUAGUAUUGAAUAGUGGAGGAGAAAAAGUGAAGAUGCUUGAGACUGAAAAGGCGACUUUGGAGGAGCAGUUGCAGAAAGCCAAACAGCGUUUAUCCAUAGCUGAGGGUGAUAUUGAUCGCUUAAAAGCACUGACAAGUUCUUCACCGAAACUCAGUGAACUGGAGCAAAAAUUAAAGAAGUCUGAUGAUGAAGCUAAGAAACACAGUUCUAAAGUCAAAGAGCUGGAAGAUAAGAUUAAAAAGCAAGAUAGCCAGAUUAAGAAAAUUGAAGCAGCAAAGGCCGCGCUGGAAACGCAGACUAAACUUGACAAAGAAAAGCAUACUACGCUGGAGAAGGACUACGAAAAAGAGCGUAAAGAGCGCGAGAAACUCGAGUCUAAACUUGCACAAUUGGAUGCCGAUCUUGCCAGCGCCAAGAAGUCAGCGGAAAAAACAAAAAUGUCGCUAGAGAAGGAAGUAAAAGAGCUCAAAUCCAAAUCCUCAAAAUCCGAUUCCAAACAAGUGCAAGAGCUUAAAAAGCAAAUUGAAGAACUCCAAAAACAAGUAGCUGAUGAAAAUAAACGCUACAAUGAUUUGAACACACAUUGGGAAAAAUUAUCAGAAGAAACGAUACUAAUGCGCGCUCAACUAACCACGGAGAAGGAUAAUAUGCAGGUGGAGCUGAAUUCGCUGCAACAAAAACUCAAUGAAAUGGAUGAAAUACGUUCGGAGCGUACAGAACUGGCGAGGAAACUGGGCGAAAUGAAGCGCAAGCUGCAAGAAGCCGAGGCGAAACAGAUUAAAAACGGCGCUUCUGAAUAUGAAAAGACAAUGCUGAAGAACAAAUUGGCAGAGAAGGAGCAAGAAUAUGAUCGCUUGCGCCGAGAAAACGAAAUGAAUAUAGAUUUAGUAUUUCAGUUACGUAAGGAAAAUGAUGAUAUAAGUAGUAAAUUAAAUGAUUUUAGUCGCAUCGAGCAAGCGCAGUAUUCGAUUAAUGAGCACAGUAGUAGCUUGCAGGCCGAAAUUAAAACGUUGAAAACGAAGUUACAGAACUCGGAAUUACAGCUCAAAUCUGAGGUGGCGUCCACACGUCUGCGUUAUGAGCAACAAGUCAAGAAUUUGAGUGCCGAACUGACUUCCAUGCAGCGCCAAUGUGAGAAGUUUAAAAAGGAUCGCGAUGCCUUCAAACAAAUGUUGGAAUCCGCACAGAAAAAGAUCGGCGAAUUGAAAUCGAACACAGGCCGCCAGAGUCGCAGUUCAAUGCAUAGCAGUGAUGAUGAUGAUAAGAGUAAAAUUGCAUAUCUUGAACAACAGAUCGGCUGCCUAGAGGAUCAGUUAGUUGAAGCACGUCUCGAGGUGAGUAAAGUAAAGACAGAGCUUGUGUCGGAGCGCAGUGCAAAUGAAAUAAAAAUAUCCGAGAUGCAAUCCAAACUUAAUGAAUUCGAAGAAGAGCGUGUCAUCGGCUCGGGACGUACAAAAAUACCAGGUAUGAAAACGAAAUUAGAACUCUCAUGGCAAAAGGAGCGUGAAGAUCAACAGCGACUGCUGCAAGAAACUUCAACUUUAGCACGUGAUUUACGGCAAACGCUUUUCGAAGUUGAGCGUGAACGGGAUAAGGAGCGACUGGAAUCAAAACGACGUUUAGAUCAAUUAAAACGCUCAACCGAAGAGGAGAUGGAGGAGGGACGACGAAAGAUCGCCGAGUUACAGUGUGACUUGUUGGAAUUGCGCGAUGUACACGCUAAAUUGCGCACAUCCAAUGAAAAACUGCGACGCGAACGUGAGCGCUACGAGAAGGAAUUGGUGAAACGGCGUAUGGAACAAGAUGGUGGUGAGCGUAAAGUAGGCGCAUUGCUACAAACCGUCGAUGAAUUAGUAAAAAUAGCGCCAGAUUUGAAAAUGGUAACAACAAGUAGUCGCUCCACAUCGAGCAGUGGCAACACAUUGCGACCGGAUGCAGCGGGUACAGCGCGACAACGCAGUCGCAGUCCAUCGCCCAGUAGUGCGCUCAAUAACUCACAAAUAACUAAUGUGCUGGCGCGUUUGGCUGAGGCAUCUGAGGAGUUGCGCAAAUUCCAGCGCCUCAAUGAAGAUGAAAACGAGCGAACGCGCAUGAGGCGUAGCAAUUUGCGGCGUGCAGCAUCGCAGGAAAACGAUCCACAUGGCAGUCAAAGUUCGGUGGCAAGCGCUGCAGGUUCCACGCGCAAUGGUUCCAAGCUAUCGCGCUCAUCAGGGCAUAAUGGUAGCUUAAUAAGGAAGAGUCUGUCGCUGGAUCAUUCAAUACAGAAGGAUCAGAAUAUUUGGCGUCAAGAUGACGGCAGCGUCUCAUCAAUGCAGUCCAUUGAUUCCGAAUUGGGUGGCAUGGUGCGUGAUAGCAGCUUCGAUUCACGUCUGGACUCACGUUUAUCCGGUGGCUCUACACAGAGUGACAUACCGCGCGGUCCGCGUAAGAAAAAGAAAAGCUUAAUGGGCAAACUGCGUAGUCUAACAAAGAGUAGUCGUAAUUCCGAGAGUGAAGUGUCGAUUCAGGGAUCUGACUCUGAUAUUAGUGUUGCCAGUGAUAUGCGCGCCAGCAAAAAAGAUUUACGUGGUCGUUUAUCAGGUAUGUUUAAGCGCGCGGGUUCAACAUCACGGAGUGAGAGCACCGAACGCAUGGCAGCCGAAAAUCGUCCGGUGGCAGUAAUAGUAGUUGGAGAUGAGAAUGGUCCACAGCCGCGUGAUCCACCGCCAGCAAAUGCUGCCACAGCUAAGCCAAUUCGUGCUGCGAUAAAACCACCGACGCCCACAACGCCGCUGACUAAACGACGUGCCGCCAAGUAGUUGCGCCAUUUUCUAUAUAUUGUAUUAGAAACUCGUUCCAUGCCACGGUAUUUCUUGUCCUACAUCCAUACAUAUUCUUACAUAGUACAUGCAUACGUGAAAUGCUUUCAUUAUUUGAUAUGUUGUAGAGAGAGUGCUUCUUUUUUGCUGCGUAUAAGAGUCGGUGACGAACACGACGAACAAGCGGAUAUAAUUCCAUUUUUAAUGGUUAAAGAGCUUGCCGUAUAGUGUCCGACUCAUUUCUAAAAUAUUAUAAAAUUAAAAAAAAAGUUUCUAUUAGUUUUAUUUAUUACAAAAAUAUUCAUUUUCUCAAUGUAUCAUAAUGUUUAUGUCAUAUUAUAAUACAAAAUCAUUAUAUUAGCCAAUAUGAAUCCAUAA